AUGACCUUUUGUAAUGCAUCUUCGGUCAUAGAAUUGGGUCAAUUCAUUAUUGAAUAUGUUGGAGAAGUAAUCACCACUGAAGAAUAUGAGAGGAGAUGUAAAGAUAUGAGAGAUAGGCACAAGAAAAACUACUAUUUUCUAUAUUUAGAUUCAAAGCGCUUGAUAGACGCUGGACCAAGCGGAAAUUUAUCACGCUUUAUUAACCAUUCAUGUGAACCAAACUGCGAACUUCAGAAAUGGAAAGUUAUUGGAGAUUCUCGUGUCGGAAUUUUCGCACUUACUGAUUUAGAGCCAGGAGAUGAGCUUUUGUUUAACUACGGUCCAAAAACAUUUGAAUUUAAAGAUAGCUGCCGGUGUGGCUCUGAAUCCUGCUACAUAAAUAUUAGCAUUGAACCAAAGACUUCCUCAGUUUGCCAGGAUGCUUUCACUACAAAUUCCAGGCUGUGA